UGAGCGUCUGUAUCGUCUGUAUGGUGAUAGGGUGAUAGUUGUGAGGGUUGUGAGGUUGUGAGUUGUGACGCGUAUACGAGAGAAAAGUUACUUUAAAACAGUGAGAAAAAACAAUAAUGGAGGCGUGCAAUAUCGUCGAGCGCGAACUCGACAAAGUUUUAUCAAAACUAACGGAUAUAAAUAAUCAAGCUAGUAUCGUGCUUACGGAUUUGAUAAAUCACAUCGAGAAUCUCAAAAAAGAAUUAGAAGAAGCGCCCCCGGAUCAUGAGCUGGCAGCUGCUCAGAUACAGGUGUUAGAACAUGCGAUGAUAAAAGUUCGUGAUACGGUCCAAAGACUAGCCACAGAUCACAGAGAGUCGCACAGCACAGUGUCCAAAGUUGGCAAAGCCAUAGACAGAAAUUUCAUCUCAGAUUUUGCUAGCACGAGCCGUGAAGAUGUAUUUGCUGGUCCGGAGAAAACACAGCUGCUCAAUCAAGUUAUAUUCCAACAUUUUUAUCGACAAGGAAUGCUGGAUAUUGCUGAUGAGUUAGCUGCGGAAGUGGGAAUGAAGACUGAUGAAACGAAAAAAGAGCCCUUCACUGAAUUGAAUUACAUAUUAGACUGUCUGAAGCAAAGAAAUUUGGAGCCUGCUCUGGAAUGGGCAAAAAAGCAUAAACCUGCUCUGGAAGAAAGAAACUCGUCGCUGGAAUUCAAAUUACACAGGUUACAUUUCAUACGGUUAGUACAACAAGGACCGAGUCGGCAAGCUGAGGCUGUAAUGUACGCAAGAAAAUACUUGAGACAAUAUGUCAGACGCAAUGAGAAAGAAGUUCGUUCGCUAAUGGGGACACUUCUUUACUUGCCAAACGGUAUUCAAUCCUCACCCUAUAGUCAUUUGUUGGAUCCAACAUUGUGGCUCGAUAUACACGAUGUUUUCACCAAAGAAGCCUGUACACUUCUAGGACUGAGUGUUGAUAGUCCACUUUCAGUUUGCGUCAAUGCUGGAUGCACAGCGCUGCCUGCUCUCCUCAAUAUAAAGCACAUUAUGCAACAGAGACAAGUAACUGGUAUCUGGAAUGGAAAAGACGAGCUUCCAAUCGAGAUUGAUUUAGGCAAGCAAAGUCAAUACCACUCGGUCUUCGCUUGUCCAAUACUUCGUCAACAAAGCACUGAGAAUAAUCCACCGAUGAAAUUGGUAUGCGGCCACGUUAUUUCUCGUGAUGCACUCAACAAACUCACAACUGCCAACAAAAAUCAAUUUAUUUACAGACUCAAAUGUCCAUACUGUCCGGUCGAGCAAAAUCCUGAGGACGCCAGGCUUAUUUAUUUCUAGAGAUUCUAUGUGAUAUAUUUUUUUUACUCCCAAACCUCGAAAAUGUCAACAAAGUUCAUUUCUCUUUCGACUCUUCUUCAUGCUUCAUCGUAUUCUAACGUUUGAGCCAUGUUUAUAUAUUUUGUUUAUCGAACUUUUCACAGUAUCGCAAAAUCAAUUUUUACGAUAUAUAGAGAUAUAAUCAAUUCAUUAGAUAGCGCUCAUUUUCGAUUUACAUUGAAAAUGAAUCUUCAGGAAUUCGAUUGAGUAUGAAAUGGUUUUGUCUCCUUUUUGUUAUUGCGAAAAAAUUACAAUAUUGAAUAUUGCUUUUCGAGUUAAUUAUAUUUUCAAACAAAUCUCGUUUCGCUGCAUAAAAAACAAUUUCGAGACGAGUGAGGUGAUUAAACUUGAAAUAAAUUCGAAAUUCAUACAUGUCGAGUUUCACGAUGAUUAAGGUUAAUCAUAAUGAUUAAAGGCAAACCACGAUGAAUUUGAUUUUUUUCUUAACUCGCUCAAAUUUUUCAUGAAUUCUGUGUUUUUUUUUCUAAUUCUGCAAUGAAUUUCAUGCUAAUCAAACCAGAGUUACUCAUAAUUCUUUUUAACAAAAAUGAACAUCAAAACUGAUAUUCUUUUUGGCUGUACAUUCAUUGACGUUAAUAUCCGAGUAGAUUUUGUAUCUAAACUUGUAAAUUAACCGAUGAAAAAAAAUCGAAAAACCUUUGCGCUCAUUUGAUUCUCUUGUAUCGCAAAAGUUUUUUCUGUAAUCAAGUUGUUUCCGAAUUAUUUCCUUUUUUUUUAACUGAACAACCAAGAAGUUUCGGUUGUUCCGUCGUAUUCUCCGAGAAACACUAUUUUUCCUGCCUCCGCAGUCCCAAAAAUGUAAUAUUCUUCAAUUCUCAAAUUGAGCCAAUGUCGAAAUAAAACUGCUUGGAAAUAUUUGUUUGAACUACCAAGAUGACUCGAACUAACAAUUGGAAAUCAUUUUAUCGAAUGAUCCGUAGAUUAUUAAGAAUGAAUGUUGUCUUUUGACAAAGAGUACUGCGUAAAAGAGGAAAUUUAGUUAGAGGGAAUUUUAUAUAGUUUUUAGAAAAGUGGUAGGUUUAGUAAUGGAAAAAAAAUCAUUUUUAUUUAUUAACCGAGGGUUCUUGAUGCUGUAGGCUCUAAGAUUCGUUGUAUUCGAUAACGCGAAGUCAUCGUAAGUAGUACAGUGUUUGAUUACAAUGAUUGAAUAUUAUAGAAAAAUGUUUUAUAUGCAGUGGCAAAUGUGUGCUAAAAUAAAUGUUACUUAUAAAAAUGA